UUCUCUAUAAGCUGUAUAUCUGCAGCUAAAAAUGGUUUAUAAUCUCUGGUAUUUCCUUCAAGCCAGCCCUGAAUCUUCUGUUCCUUUCCCAUGGGAACGCUGCUUUGAUGCUAGGGCCCAGAUUCUGUUCUACAAGAACGCAUUAAAUGAAGCAAUGGUGAUUGAUCUAAGAAGUAGAGUGAAUCUAGGGGGAGGUAUGUUUCACCUGAGCGACAUGUGGCUUGACCUGACCGGACGGUGCUGCUGCUACAGUGACCAUCAGCAUCCUCUCUUAACUGAAAGGAGGCAAUACGAGCAAGACCCUCCUUUCAUGAUAAAAGCUCAUUGUUGUGGCCCUCUGGUCUACUUGCUUCUGCCUGAGAUGGUCCACCGCUGCCCUAUCUGUGAUUGUCAUAUUCUUUAUCUCGGUUAAAUUAUCAAACCCAUUAUUAUAUGUACUGAUAAGUUUAGCUUUGGAAGUAUAAGAAUAAUUUUCCAUUCAAUAAUAUUAGAGUUGUUCUUAAGACAGUAGA